AUGACCGUGGAUGAGUUCAUGAUCGGCCAGCUCUAUUCCGUGGCUGAGAUGUCCAAGAACGAGACCGGGGGUGGGGAUGGUGUGGAAAUCCUGAUAAAUGAGCCGUUCACAUCCACCGAAAAUCAACCUGUCCCACCCUUGCUUAACGGUGACCCACUUUACGUGAAAGGCCAGUACACGCACAAAUGCUACCACUUGUCCCAAAAAGUACCCGGCAUUGUACGCGCAUUGGCCCCAUCCUCAGCCCUGAUCUUCAACGAACUCGCUUGGAAUGCAUAUCCUUACUGUCGGACAGUUAUCACGGUAUUGUGGUUUGUGAAGUUUUGUGCUCAUCGUUUCUCAACUCCUUUUUAUAUUUCGUCCGAAUAG